AUGCCGGCGGGUAAUACCUGGAUUAUGGAUGACUCCACUCGUAACAAGCUCCUCAAGAAAUACAAAACCCAGGUGGCCUCGGCGACUUCCACGAUCUGCGCCACUCUUGCUGUGACUCCUCUGGAGAAUGUCAAAACUCGAAUGCAGACUCACAACUUUCGCAAUGUUUCCCAGUGCAUCCGAUAUUUGUGGCGAACUGAAGGGCCUCGCGGCUAUGUAGCUGGAGCCCUUCCCCCUCUGGCUAGCGUCACUGCUGUCCGGGUUGUGAACUUUUCGACCUACAAUGCUGCGAAACACCGUAUUUCGGAUUUUAUGGAGCGGAUGACCGGCCAGUCUCCUUUGGCAUUGUACAACACCCCGGGCAGCAGCCCUACCGUUUCAACUCUCUUCACCUUUACCACCGCUGGUCUCAUUGCUGGACUGAUUACCUCCCCGCUUGCUUGUCCUUUUGAAUUGGCCAAGAAUGUCGUUCAGACUUCUGUCUUGGUGUCCAAUCGUGCCCAAGCGUCCCCCGAUGCCAUUAGAGACCUGUCGCUGCGCAACAAACCCCGUUUGGGAACCAUUGAGGCGAUCCGCCAGAUCGUUCAACGAUAUGGAUUCAGAGGACUUUACACCGGAUUCCACCUUCACGCGAUGCGCGACACUCUUGGAUCGGGUCUGUAUUUCGCGGUAUAUGAGACAGUGAAGCAGGUGGCUGCGAAAGAACUCGGACCUGAUAAAUCGCCUUUCGGUGCGCCCAUGAUUGCUGGUGCAAUCUGUAGCACUGUGCCAUGGUUCUGUACGUACCCGCUCGAUACUCGCAAGACACGUGCGCAGAGUGUGCUCUUGGGCAGAACGAAGGAAGUUGGAGAGGCGUCGGCCGCGGUAGCGAAAUCCAGCAUGUACAAAGGCCUGUCGAUUAUCCUGAUUCGCACUGGAGUGAACAACAUGAUUCUGCUCAGUAUUUUUGAAUACAUCAAAAUGCGAAUCAACGAGUUGGACGGGUAG